AUGAUGGUCCACUGUGCCGGCUGCGAACGGCCCAUCCUGGACCGGUUCCUCCUCAACGUGCUGGACCGAGCCUGGCACGCCAAGUGCGUCCAGUGCUGCGAGUGCAACUGCAACCUCACCGAGAAGUGCUUCUCCAGGGACGGCAAGCUCUAUUGCAAAAUGGACUUUUUCAGGCGGUUUGGAACUAAAUGCGCGGGCUGUCUGCAGGGAAUCUCGCCAAGCGACCUGGUCCGCAAAGCCCGCAGCAAGGUGUUUCACCUGAACUGCUUCACCUGCAUGGUGUGUAACAAGCAGCUGUCCACGGGAGAGGAGCUCUACGUGAUAGACGAGAACAAGUUCGUGUGCAAAGAAGAUUACAUGAGCUCCGGGGCCAUCAAGGAAGUCAACUUGAACUCAGUGUCGUCGUGUACAGAUAGGAGUUUAUCGCCGGAUCUGCAGGACCCGAUGCAGGACGACAUAAAAGAGACGGACAAUUCAACGUCCUCAGAUAAGGAAACGAACAAUAUUGAGAACGAGGAGCAGAACUCGGGGACCAAAAGGCGGGGGCCCCGGACCACCAUCAAGGCCAAGCAGCUGGAAACGUUAAAGGCCGCGUUUGUCGCCACACCGAAACCGACCCGGCACAUCCGGGAACAGCUGGCCCAGGAGACGGGACUAAACAUGCGGGUGAUCCAGGUUUGGUUCCAGAACAGAAGAUCCAAAGAGCGGCGGAUGAAGCAGCUGAGUGCUCUUGGGGCCCGGCGGCACGCCUUCUUCAGGGGCCCGAGGAGGAUGAGGCCCCUGGGAGGCAGGCUGGAGGAUCCGGAUAUUUUAGGACCCGGGGCCUACGGAUACUACGGAGAGUACCAAGGUGACUAUUACGGACCAGGAAGUAACUACGACUUCUUCCCCCACGGCCCUCCAUCCUCACAGGCUCAGUCUCCAGCCGAGUCCCCCUACAUCCUGGGCUCUGGCCCCGGAGCCAUGGAGGGGUCGGGCCACCACCCUUCAGACGACCAAAGGUUCACGGACAUGAUCUCCCAUGCGGAAACCCCCAGUCCGGAGCCGGGCUUACCGAGCUCCCUGCAGCCUGUCCAAGGGGAGGCGUACGGGGGCGGACCCAGUCCUCCUUUCUCCUUGGCUAGUAACUCCAGCUACAGCGCUCCCAUGUCCCACCAAGGCCCGGAGAUGGGAGAGAGCACAGCCUGGUAAAGGACGCACCACAGGGACCGCUCGUGGGCUGAAUGUCGGCCUAGAUAAUUCAGGAGACGAAUAAAAAAAAAAAA